GAGCAGUGCCUGUCAGCAGGGAGGCAAGUUAGUGGACACACCAUGUACCUAUCUGCGUUUGUUUUGUCUGCCCUCCUUCUGUGCGCGCUGCGGCCUGGAGCGGCUGAGGAGCUACAUCAGCAGCCGCCCGGCAGGAUAGCAAUCGUGGGAGGUGGAAUCGGAGGUUCAUCCGCUGCCUAUUUCUUGAGGCAGAAAUUUGGGAAGGAUGUUCAGAUUGAUGUCUUUGAGAAAGGUCAAGUUGGGGGUCGUAUGGCUACCAUAGACAUGGAUGGUGCCGAGUACGAGGCUGGUGGAUCCGUCUUACACCCCUUGAAUCUACAUAUGAAGAGUUUUGCUAAAGAGCUAGGUCUCUCUGUCCGCCCAUGCAGGAAUAGCCUUGCUGGCAUUUACAAUGGAAAUGAGAUAAUUUUCCAACAGAGCGACUGGCUAUUUAUUAAUAUCAUCAAAUUGCUGUGGUACUACGGGCUAAAUUAUAUGCGCAUGUACAUGUGGGGUGAAGACUUGUUGGCUAAAUUUGCAAGGAUCUAUCAGUAUCAGAGCUAUGACUAUUCAUUUUCCAGCGCAGAGCAGCUAUUUCAUGCCUUGGGGGGCGAGGAUUUAUCAAUAAAAUUAAACAUGACUCUUGAUGAUUCCCUGCAGAAAGCUGGCUGCUCGAAAAAAUACAUUGAUGAAAUUGUAACUCCUGCUAUAAGGCACGAUUUCUCUCAAUUACCCAGAAUCAAUGCAUUUGUUGGUGCGUUGACAUUGACUGCUACUUAUACUAAGCUCUGGUCAAUUGAAGGUGGUAAUAUGCUUGUCUGUCCAGGCCUUCUUGAAGCCUCGGAGGCCCAACUAAUUAAAGGCACAGUUACCUCUGUGCAGGAAAAUACUGGAGGUAUUGAAAAAUUGUACAAAUUGGGUUAUGAGACGAGCACUGGUCCCCAUCUGGGCAUAUAUAACAUUGUGAUCAUAGCAGCACCUAUUAAUAAAGAAAUAUCCAAUAUCAAUUUUGUUGGCUUCAGUCCUCCCAUAGAUACCUCCUCUAAUAGCUACAUUCAGACUGUCACCACAUUUGUUCACGGACAAAUUAACAGUUCUUUCUUUGGGUUUAUAGAACCGUGCCAACUUGGACUUACAGACAUUUUAACCACAAAAAAUCCCAAGUUGUUUUUUGACAGUAUUGGUCUUGGGGAUCCAGUGAAAGGACCACCUGGAACUUUACAACCCACCGGUCAAAAGGUGUGGAAGAUUACCUCUCCAGAUCCACUAACAAAAGAUCAACUUAAUCUGCUGUUUACAUCUUACCAUGCAGUGAGUGCGAAAAAGUGGCUGGCAUUUCCUCAGUACAACCCUCCAGGAAAACUGCCACCUAUUAUACUUCAUGAUCAGAUCUAUUACAUUAACAGCAUAGAAUUGGCAGCAAGUGGUAUCGAAUUAAGUGCUCUGUCUGCCAAGAAUGUAGCCCUGCUUUCCUAUCAUAGGUGGUUUGGUAUUAACGGACAGAUUGACCAAGAGGACUUGGUGGAGCGAUUCAAGUCUGAAUUGUAAUUGGCUUUAAACGAUGAUAAUGAGCAGGGUGGUAUGUGGGAGGCUACAUUUGAAAGUGUGACAAUGCUUCUUUUAUUGCACACAACUAAUCUUUCUUAAAAUGUGAGGAUUUAUCCCCUGGGGAUUUAGAUGUCUUUCUCUGAAACAUUACAUUUUAAUAAAUCUCAGUAGACACUG